AUGCUGGCAAAAUUGCUAAUUCCACUACUUCUCCCACUCUUGGCGCUUUCUCAAGAUAAUCCCUUUGAGUUUGAGUUUUCCCCAUAUAUCUACAAAAUUUAUAAGUUGCCGUUUAAACAGGAUAGCUACGCCCAAGAUUGGUAUGGUCAGGACGUGGCGCUGAUCCAGAGCCCGCUCCUUUCACCAAUAAAACAAUCCAAACCCGGCCACCCGCUGCCCCUCCCUACGAUCAGACCUUUCACGGUUAGCUGGAAGCACCUCGACGACACAAGCGUCAACCUCGAAAAUAACCAAAACUUUGAGAAACGUAUCGACACCAAAGUAUGGUGGCCCAGU